UGUUCCUGAGGAGUCUGUCCCACCCACAGAGAUGUGGGCUCAACUCCUUCUAGGAAUAUUGGCCCUAUCGCCAGCCAUUGCAGAAAAACUCCUCCCAAACUACCUGGUGACAUUACCUGCCAUGCUUAACUUUCCCUCUACUCAGAAGGUUUGUUUGGAUCUGAGCCCUGGGUACUAUAACGUAAAAUUCACUAUUACUCUGGAGACCAAGGACAGGACCCAGAAGCUGCUAGAACACUCUGGAUUGAAGAAGAGGCACUUACAUUGCAUGUCCUUUUUGGUACCCCCUCCUGCUGGUGGCACAGAAGAAGUAGCCACAAUCCGGGUGUCGGGAACUGGAAAAAACAUCAGGUUUGAGGAGAAGAAAAAAGUUCUAAUUCAGAGGCAGUGGAAUGGCAUUUUUAUACAAACUGACAAACCUAUCUACAACCCAGGGCAGCGAGUGCAUUUCCGCAUUGUCACCCUGAACAGCAACUUUAUUCCAGUGAAUGACAAGUACUCCGUGGUGGAACUGCAGGAUCCAAAUAGCAACAGGAUUGCACAGUGGCUGGAAGUGGUGCCCGAGCAAGGCAUUGUAGACCUAUCCUUCCAACUGGCACCAGAGGCAACGCGGGGCACCUAUACAGUGGCAGUGGCUGAGGGCAAGACCUUUGGCACCUUCAGUGUGGAAGAAUAUGUGCUGCCGAAGUUUAAGUUGGAGGUGGUGGAACCCAAGCAGUUGUCAACGGUGGAUAAAUCUUUCUUAGUAAAAAUAUGUUGUAGGUACACCUAUGGAAAGCCCAUGCUAGGGGCAGUGCAGGUAUCAGUGUGUCAAAAGGCACAUACUUACUGGUUUCGAGAGGAAGAAGGGGAACAUCUAUCUGACAGAUGCAGGAACCUCUCUGGACAGACUGACAAAGCGGGAUGCUUCUCAGCUUCUGUGGACAUGUCCAUCUUCAACCUCACUAGUUAUAGAUACAGCCACAGCAUCAAUAUUGUGGCUACUGUGGUGGAGGAAGGGACAGGAGUGGAGGCCAAUACCACUCAGGAGAUCUACAUUUCUUCACAAAUGGGAUCAAUGACCUUUGAAGACACCAGUGAUUUUUAUUACCCCAAUUUCCCCUUCAGUGGGAAGAUAAGAGUCAGGGGUCAUGAUGGCUCCCUUCUCAAGAAUUAUUCAGUGUUUCUGGUGAUUCAUGGCAUUAAUGGAACAGUCAACCAGACCCUAAUUACCGACAGUGAUGGCCUCGCUCCCUUCAAGCUGGAUACCGUCAACUGGAAUGGGACAGACAUUUCUCUGGAGGGCAGGUUCCAAAUGGAAUCUUUGGAAUAUAAUCCAGGACGGGUGCAUCAUUACUACCACAAUGCCUACCUUCACGUGCAACCCUUCUACAACACAACUCUCAGCUUCCUUGGCAUCCGUCGGCUAAGUGGCAUCUUGGAAUGUGGCCAGCCCCAGGAAGUGCUGGUGGAUUAUUACAUUGAUCCAGCUGAUGCGAACCCUGACCAGGAAAUCACCUUCUCCUACUAUUUAACAGGGAAAGGAAGUUUGGAGAUGGAGGGCCAGAAACACUUGAACUCUAAGAAAAAAGGGCUGAAAGGCUCCUUCUCUCUUUCACUGACCUUCAAUUCCAGACUAGCUCCUGAUCCUUCCCUGGUGAUCUAUGCCAUUUUUCCCAGUGGAGGUGUUAUAGCUGACAAAAUUCAGUUCUCAGUAGAGCUGUGCUUCGACAAUCAGGUUUCCCUUGGCUUCUCACCUUCCCAGCAGCUUCCAGGAGCAGAUGUGGAGCUACAGCUUCAGGCAGCUCCUCGGUCCCUGUGUGCAGUCCGGGCCGUAGACGAGAGUGUCCUACUACUCAGACCAGAGAAAGAGCUGAGCAACAGCUCUGUCUAUGGGAUAUUCCCAUUUUGGCACGGUUACUACCCUCAUCAGGUGGCUGAAUAUGAUGAGUGUCCAGUGUCUGGCCCGUGGGACCUCCCUCAGCCCCUCGUUGGCCCGAUGCCUGUGGGGCGUUGGAGCGAGCGUUCCAUUAUCUGGAGGCCUUGGUUCACUGGAGGCAUGGACCUUUUCAGGGUUUUCCAGGAUAUGGGCCUGAAAAUACUGUCCAAUGCCAAAAUCAAGAAGCCAGUAGAUUGCAGAUACACGUCUCCAGGAUAUAGCACUGUAGCGGGAGGAGGAAGGGAUCAUAUUCGUCCAAUGGCCUUUGAGUCAUCCUCUUCAUCACUUCCGUCAGAGGAUUCUCAGGUCCGCCAGUACUUCCCGGAGACUUGGCUCUGGGAUCUGUUUCCUAUUGGUAACUCAGGGAAGGAGGCUGUCCAUGUCACGGUUCCUGAUACCAUCACUGAGUGGAAAGCCAUGACUUUUUGCACCUCCCAGUCCAGCGGCUUUGGUCUUUCACCCACUGUUGGACUGACUGCUUUCAAGCCAUUCUUUGUUGAUCUGACUCUCCCUUAUUCAGUAGUUCGUGGAGAAUCCUUUCGUCUUACUGCCACCAUCUUCAAUUAUCUAAAGAAUUGCAUCAGGGUUCAGACUCACCUGGCUAAAUCAGAUGAGUACCGGGUAGAAUCAUGGACAGAUUCUCAGGCCUCCAGCUGUCUCUGUGCUGAUGAAGCAAAAACUUAUCACUGGAAUAUCACAGCUAUCAAAUUGGGUCAUGUAAACUUUACUAUUAGCACUAAGAUUCUGGACAGCAGUGAACUCUGUGGGGGCCAGAAGGGGUUUGUUCCAGAAAAGGGCCGGAGCGACACACUCAUCAAACCAGUUCUGGUCAAGCCUGAAGGAGUCCUUGUGGAGAAGACACACAGCUCAUUGCUGUGCCCAAAAGGAAAAGUGGCCUCAGAAUCCAUCACCCUGGAGCUCCCUGUGGAUGUUGUUCCUGAUUCAUCCAAGGCUUAUGUUACUAUUCUGGGAGACAUCAUGGGCACAGCCCUGCAGAACCUAGACAAUUUGGUGCAGAUGCCAAGUGGCUGUGGGGAGCAGAACAUGGUCUUGUUUGCUCCCAUCAUCUAUGUCUUGCAGUACCUGGAGAAGUCAGGGCUGCUGACUGAGGAAAUCAGGUCUCGGGCAGUGGGUUUCCUGCAGAUAGGGUACCAGAAGGAGCUAAUGUACAAACACAGCAAUGGCUCAUACAGUGCCUUUGGAGAGACGGAUGGAAAUGGAAACACAUGGCUGACAGCCUUUGUCACCAAAUGCUUUGGCCAAGCUCGGGAAUUCAUCUUCAUUGAUGACAAGAACAUCCAAGAUGCGCUCAAGUGGAUGGCGGGAAACCAGCUCCCCAGUGGCUGCUAUGCCAACGUGGGAAGGCUCCUUCACACAGCUAUGAAGGGCGGUGUUGAUGAUGAGACCUCCUUGACUGCAUACAUCAUAGCUGCAUUGCUGGAAAUGGGAAAGACCACAGAUGACCCAAUGGUGAGUCAGGGUCUGCAGUGUCUCAAGAAUUCAGUUUCCUCCACUACCAACCUCUACACACAGGCCCUACUAGCUUACACUUUCUCUCUGGCUGGGGAAAUGGAGAUCAGAAACAUUCUUCUUGAAAAGUUAGAUCACCAGGCUAUUAUCUCAGGAGAGUCCAUUCACUGGAGCCAGAAACCUACUCCAUCAUCGAAUGCCAGCCCUUGGUCUGCGCCUCAGGCAUUGGAUGUGGAACUUACGGCGUAUGCAUUGUUGGCCUGGCUUAGCAAGUCCAGCCUAACUCAAAAGGAGAUUGCCAAGGCCACUGGCAUAGUGGCUUGGUUGACCAAGCAACGCAAUGCAUAUGGGGGCUUCUCUUCCACUCAGGAUACUGUAGUCGCUCUCCAAGCUCUUGCCAAAUAUGCCAGUACUGUCUCUAUAUCAUCUGGGAAAGUCAACCUGGCUGUAAAAUCCACUGAGAAUUUCCAGCGCACUUUCAACGUUCAUGCUGCCAACCGGCUGGUAUUACAGCAGGAGACUCUGCCCAAUAUCCCUGGAGUAUACACAUUGGAGGCCUCAGGCCAGGGCUGUGUCUACGUGCAGAUGGUGCUGAGAUACAAUAUUCUCCCUCCUAAAAAUGUGGAGACCUUUAAUCUUAGUGUGGAAAUGGGAAAAGCUAGAUGUGGGCAAUCUACUUCACCGCGAUCCUUGACUCUCACUAUUCACACAAGUUAUGUGGGGAGUCGCAGCUCUUCCAAUAUGGCCAUUGUGGAAGUGAAGAUGCUUUCCGGGUUCAGUCCUAUAGAGGGCACCAAUCAGUUAAUUCUCCAGCAACCCCUGGUGAAGAAGGUUGAAUCUGGAACUGACACACUUAACAUUUACUUGGAAGAGCUCAGUAAGAAGACUCAGACCUAUACCUUCACCAUCAGCCAAAGUGUAUUGGUCACCAACCUGAAACCAGCAACCAUCAAAGUCUAUGACUACUACCUACCAGAUGAACAGGCAACAAUUCAGUAUUCUGAUCCCUGUGAAUGAGGAUAGAAGUUGGAAAGAGACUAAAUUAAUCCUCUAUGACAUUACUGGACAGCAUUCUUCUGCCUCUUAAAGCAGAACUCAUUCAAUUAAAUAAUUUUAUUUCUUGAAUUGACUAAAAAGUAGAUGAAGAUGAACAUGCCUGAACCUCAGCUUCAUAGCUUCGUAGAUGCAUCGGUGCCAGAAUAAAGGGCUGGGGGAGAUGGGGUAGGAAUAAUACCAAACGAGGAAUUACAUGAGAAGGACCCUCGGGGAGGAUAGGAGGUGUAGCCAUUCUGUUUAGCCGUUUAGGGGACUCUGCAGAGAGGAGAUGGUGGUAGAGAGUGAUCCAGGGAAGAUAAGAAUGUCUUCCUGGAGAGUAAAUUUAACGGAAAAUGUAAAUUAGGGCUUUGGAUAUAGACUAAAAAAAAUAAAUUUUCUUUUCUUUGAAAAAAUCUG